AUGCUUUACGAUUCUACAAUUGGGAAUGAAGAUGUGAAGAACAUGGUAUUUGAGAGAAAUGGUGAGUAUAAAAGAUACGAUAUUUAUUUAUUCAGCCCAAGUAGUGGAGUAUAAUUUUUUGGAAGCUCUCGGAGGGGCAUGUGUUUUUACAUCACAACUGGAUAUGGUCAUUAUUUACUUCACUUUGUUCGAAUUUAUCGAAGCCAAAUCCUUGAACACUCCAGUGGUGAUCUUGAUGGUGGUGUCUUUUGUUUUAAUAAAUCAAGCCAUAUCUUUCCUUAUAACUGGGACGUUUAAAUUCAAAGAGAAGGUCAAGUCCGUGCUCACCUUCCUUCUGUUUGGUUAUGGAUUUACGCCCAUGAUACGGACAUUUACCACAUCGGUGUGCACGGAUACCAUCUAUGCGGUCUCUUGGGUGGCAUUUGUGUUAAGCUUAGUCUUUCAGGAUUAUGGUUUGAAAGGCCCAACGUAAGUAUAUAAUGUUCUUGAAUUAUAUACAUGCGUCCAUUUCAGAGUCAGUCAUGUUCUUUCUGUGAAUUUGGGGAUCUCGGCUUCUGUGUUCCUCAUCUCCAGAAUGGGCGACGACUUCGAUGCCUUCUGGCUUCUGACCACGGCCAUCUGUUUUUUUGUUUAUUGGCCUCAGGUUAGAAAUAGAAUCAAUUCCAAGGUUUCGGUGUUUCCUUUUGUUUAUGAGUUCUUUUGUCUUGCCGUUGUCUUCUCCACGGUAUCCUCAAUAUCUGAAAAUUAUCUUUAUGUGGUUAUCAUGGUUCAUGUUGUGUUAUUAUUGCUAUUUCCUUUAGCGUUGAUGGCGUUUCAGCCUAUGAAGAAUACGAUAACCGGGCCGUGGGAUAUUCUUGCGUCCUGAUUAUGAUCUCAUUUUUUUAUAAACCCGAUAAAUUUAUGAAAAUUUAAAGACUCGUGUUUUAGCUAUUGAAAGAAGGACUAUGUAAAUAAAGGUGCUAUUUUUCGAGCUAGAAAACGAAACUUUGUAGGAUCGUACUUACGAGCACGCGCCAAUUUAUUUUCUAAAUUUAUGCGAAGUCUCAUCAAAAUAUAAGCGUCGUACUUGGGGUACCUUCCCUUUUAAUAAGAAAAAAUCAAUAGUGACAUUUCGUAUGAUUGCAGUGAAAAAAAAUCUGUCGAAUUUAACAGUGUCCAAUUUCCCCCUGUGAUAUUUCCAUGAAGCCAUAGAUAGGUAAGGGCUUAAUAAAAUGAAACAUAGAAGAAAGGAAAGAAAAGAAAUAAUUUCUGUCAUUAUAACUAUCGAAUUUUUAUAAUUAAAUCAAAGUAGGCUCCGCCUUUUUUAACUUAUAGGUGUAAAUUCGAGUUCCCUGGAAAUAAUUUGGAGUGUUCAUAAUUCCAUUGUCAGAACAAGGUUAGGAUAUGAUUGAAUCUAAAAGAUAUCGUCGAGAUGAAGAUCCGACCCAUCCGAGUCCCUCUGUUGUAGUUCAUGUUAGAAAUCUCGGACCUUUGGUUACUGAAGCUGAUUUGGUGGAUUCGUUAACUCCAAUUGGUCCAGUGGCAUACACAACCUGCAUGCCAAAUAAAGGAAUGGCCCUUGUAAGUUUGAGCUCAAUAAACUAUUGCUCCUAGGUGGAAUUCGAAAGUUUGGAAGAUGCCAGAAGAUGUGUUUCAAUGUCGCAGACGUCGCCCAUCGAUGUAGCUGGAGCCCCAGCUCUUUUUAAUUAUUCAACUUCUCAAAUUAUCCAACGGACAGCUCUUGAAUCGGAGAAACCAAACAAAAUAUUAUGCCUUACAAUAACUAAUUUAAAAUACCCGAUUAAUGUCCGGGUUAUUUAUAAGGUAUCGUUAUCUUCACUACUGUUACAGUUAUCUUAGAUCGCUAAUCAGUUUGGAACAGUUGAGAAGAUCUCAAUACUCCGAAGAAAUUCAGUUCAUGCGCUCGUAGAAUUUGAAACAAUCGAUAUGAGCAAAGCCGCAAAAUACGGACUGAACGGAGCUGAGAUCUACAAAGAUUGUAACGUGGUAAAGGCCGAAUUCGCAAGGGUAAGCCCAAAUACGAAUGUUUAUGUGUUGUGAUUUUAGACAGAGUACAUUAAUGUAGCUCGACAGGAUUUUGAACAAUGGGAUUACACGAUUGACCGUAAGAAAAUGUUUUAACUUCACAAAAGGUUGUUUCUGUUUCAGCAGAUGGUCCUGAUCCAACAUUCCGUCCUUCCGAUCCAAUCCCCGCAUCCCCAACAGCAGUUAUUGACCAAGCGGUGUAUAGUAAGAUUAAAUAAAUGCAUGACGGGUGUGUUUACAGAUAAUCAUUCUUUGGCGCAAGCUCAGCAACAGGCUCUGAAGGAUAUGGGUGGACGAAUAAGUGAUCAUUACGGAAAAGAGUCUAGGAAUUCAAGUUACGAUUAUCCCGAUCGAUCCAGACAAAGCAGAUUCCAGACAACUCCAGAUGAUUAUGGGUCAGAGAAAAGACAUGGAACGGAGACAAGUGUUCUAAUGGUGUAUGGAGUCAACCAUGAACAGUUUGAUUGCGAUAGAAUAUUCAACCUGUUCUGUUGUUAUGGGAAUGUGAUUAAGGUGAGUAGAAGAUAUGUUUACGGUUAUAAUUUUUAGGUUAAAUUUAUGCAUUCUAAACCAGAUACGUGUAUGGUGCAAAUGGGGACAUCUCAUGAGGCCACAAACGUCCUCAAAUACCUACAAGGAGCUGCUGUAUUUAACACAACAUUGGCCAUUCGUCCUUCGAAACAGAAUGUGUUACGAGAUUUGGCCGGUGAACCGUUUCAAUUGGGGGAUGGGCUUCCUUCAUUCACGGAUUACACUCAAAGCCGACUUCAGCGAUUUUCAAUCCCUGCGUUGGCUGCGCGCAACCGGAUUGUAUAUCCAACAAAUCAAUUGCAUUUCUUCUGCGCUCCGAUGGAUGUUACUGAGUCAUUUAUUAUCGACGUAAGAACGUCCGGCCUUUCUAUCUAGAUUUUAGAUAUUUAAAAGUCGUCAUGGACCUCAUCCUCAGAACGCACUUAUCUUCAACACGAGAUCUGAUCGAUUCUCAUCAGGGCUGGUGACCUUUGACAGCCCAGAAAGUGCGACUGAAGCUCUUAUGGCCUACAAUCACAUGACCGUAGAGUCCAAAAACUUUGAAACAUUUGUUUUGAAGUUGGCUUUUGCUGGUAGUAAAGAUCGAGAAUACCGACAACAUUAA